ACCGCAUAUCAAACGAAAAAAAAAGUAGGAAAAUGAACCGGAAGGUGCGGUCAGUUUAUUCGGUCAAUACAAAAGUCGCUUGAUUCUUCUUUCCCUUGCCUUUUGGCGUUUGCUUUGUUUUCUUCACUUUCCCCUUCUGCCUACAGCUUCAUAUUUUGCUCUUCCUCCUGUUUUAAGUUGCAAUGAAGGGUGGAAAAGGAAAAGGGGCAUUGAGAAAAGAAACAAGGUCAGCGCUGAAGCCUGUUGAGGACCCAAAGAUGGGGAAGAGAAAAGCCACAUUGAAAGACGACAAAAAGAAGGUCAAGAAGGACAAAAAGGCCAAGAAAGAUCCUAAUAAGCCUAAGAGGCCUCCCAGUGCCUUUUUCGUAUUCCUUGAGGAAUUCCGGAAGACAUUUAAAAAAGAGAAUCCGAAUGUCAAGGCUGUUUCAGCUGUCGGGAAAGCUGGAGGAGAAAAGUGGAAAUCUAUGAGUGCAGCUGAAAAAGCACCAUAUGAAGCCAAAGCUGCAAAAAGGAAGGUCGAGUAUGGAAAGCUCAUGAAUGCUUACAACAAGAAGCAGCCGGAAAGCUCAGACGACGAGGGUGAAGAAGAAGAAGACGAAGAAGAAGAAGAAAAAGAAAGGCCAAAACCUGAGGUACAUGAUGAAGAUGUGGAGGACAGCGGGAAGGUAUUAAUAACUUUCCAAAUUCAAGGGGCGAAGAGGACGAGGACGAUGACGACGACGAAGAGGAUGAAGAUGAGGAAGAUGAUUGAAGCUGUGUGAUUCAUGGCUUGCACUGUUUCGUUGAUCCUGGUCCAUGUCAUGCUUGCUUCAAACAUAUUAGUUUUUGUACUUCUUCCAUCUAAUGUGGGUCGGGUAAACAUAUGUAUUUUUGCUGGAUUGUCCGUUACCUAGUUGAGUUACGCAUUUUGAUGAAACUUAGCCUAUGAACUUGUAUAUAUAUGACAUACGUGAUAUAUGGCAUCUAUGUCAUCACGUUGGCUUUGAAGCAACUGCAUGAUAGUGAACAUUUUGUAGAUGUUUGGUUA